UUAGAAUAGUAUAUCAGCUUUCUUUCGAUUAUAUAUAGGCGUAGUAUUUUUGUAGACUUUACUGUCCAUGGAAAAUCACAUGGAUGUAGGUAUCAGUUUCGGGAGAUCACUGAUAGUACCAAGUGUUCAAGAACUUGCUAAGCAAUCCAUGACAAAGAUCCCACCUCGUUAUGUUCGCCAAGAUCAUGAGAAACCCUUACUCACUUCAUCCGAUGACACCUCGAUUCUCUCUGUACCUGUCAUUGAUCUUCACAUCUUAUUUUCAAUCGAUUCUCAAUCUUCCACGUAUUCCUAUGAGCUCAGUAAACUUCAUACAGCUGCUAAAGAAUGGGGUUUCUUUCAGGUUAUCAACCAUGGAAUAAGUGAAUCCCUAUUAGAGGAUUUCAAGAGGGAAGUCUUGAGCUUCUUUAAGCUUCCGAUGGAGGAGAAACAAAAGCUUUGGCAGAAAGAAGACAGCCAAGAAGGUUUCGGUCAGCUUUUUGUUGUAUCCGAGGAACAGAAGCUUGAUUGGUGUGACAUGUUUUACGUAAAUACCCUUCCACAUAAUAUCAGAAAUUCCAAAUUAUUUCAGAAGUUACCUCCCGUUCUGAGGGAGAAGUUGGAAGCAUACUCUACAGAUAUGAAAAAGCUAGCAAAAGCCAUCUUAGGUGAAAUGGCUAAAGCUCUAGGGAUUGAUGGAGAGGAAAUGAGUGAAUUGUUUGAUGAUGGGGUUCAGUUGAUGAGAAUGAAUUACUAUCCCCCAUGUCCAGAACCAGAGUCAGCGUUAGGGAUCUCCCCACAUUCUGAUGCCACUGGGUUAACAAUCCUCUAUCAAUUAAAUGAAACUGAUGGCCUCCAAGUUCGGAAAGAGGGAAAUUGGGUAUCCGUUAAACCUUUGCCAAAUGCUUUGGUAGUAAACAUUGGGGACAUAAUGGAGAUUGUAAGUAAUGGUGUGUAUAAGAGCAUAGAGCAUUGUGCAACAGUGCAGUCAAACAAGGAGAGGUUAUCGGUGGCCACAUUCUACAGCUCCAGUAUGGGUGCGGAAUUAGGCCCUGCAAAAAGCCUCGUUGAACAACAUAAUGUAGCAAAGUUCCAGCGACUCACCCUUGAGGAAUAUUACAAGGGCUUUUUUGAUCGAAAGCUUAAGGGUAAGUCAUACUUAGAGUUUAUGAAACUUGAAGAUUUCAAUGAAAAUGUUAUAUAG